AUGUCUGGACUCGUGCACAAGGUGAAGGACGCCGUUACUGGCCAUCACCACGAUUCCACCCACACCUCCAAUACCACUGGCACUCAUGGCACUACCGAUACCACUCAUACCACCAACCAUGGUCCUCACCACUCCAAGCUCGCCAAUAAGCUCGAUCCCCGUGUCGACAGCGAUCGUGACCACCGCUCUGGUUCCAAUGCCACGAUAACCACCGGCCCGGAUGGUGAAAAGGUCGCUCAUACCAGCACCCACGGUCCUCGCACGAUCGAGCCUGGCCAUGGCCACCACACUGCUACCGGCUCUACCAGCACGAACCACGGCCCUCACAACUCCAAGAUUGCCAACAAGCUUGAUCCUCGCGUUGACUCUGAUGUGGACAACCGCGCCCGGCAUGAAGCUAUUGGUGGAACCCAUGGUCCUCACGGCUCCAAUGUCGCCAACAAGGUUGAUCCCCGCAUUGACAGCGACAGAGAUAACCGUGCCGCCUACACUGGCGCUGGAGCCACCACCGGCGCUUAUGCCAGCGGUGCCCGCGACACCUACGGCACUUCGACUUCUACCAACGCCGGACCUCACAACUCGAACAUGAUGAACAAGGUGGACCCCCGUAUCGACUCUGACAUGGACAACCGUGCUCGCCAUGAGACCAUGGGAGGUGCCUAUGGCCCUCACGGCUCUGGCAUGGCCAACAAGAUGGACCCUCGGGUUGACAGUGACAUGGACAACCGUGGUGCUUACGGAACCACCGGUACCCACGGCACCACUGGCAGUGCCUACGGUACCGGCCCCGGAAACACCUUCGGCAACCACACCAGCUCGAAUGCCGGCCCCCAUAACUCUAACCUCAUGAACAAGGUGGACCCUCGUGUCGAUUCCGACAUGGAUAACCGCACCCGUCAUGAGACCAUGGGGGGUGCCUAUGGCCCUCACAGCUCUGGCAUGGCCAACAAGAUGGACCCUCGGGUUGACUCUGACAUGGACAACCGCGGCGCCUACUCUGGUAAUGCCUACGGCAGUAACCACGGAACCGCUGGUUCUUAUGGUACCGGUCACGCCUACGGCUCUGGCACUGGCAUGGGCACUGGCAUGGGCACCCACAGCACAAACGCCGGUCCUCACAACUCCAACUUGAUGAACAAGGUGGACCCCCGCGUGGAUUCUGACAUGGAUAACCGCGCCCGCCAUGAGGCUCUUGCUUCUAACAGCUACAACACCCCAGGCACUGCCACUCACACCGCGGGACCCCACAACUCCAACAUGAUGAACAAGAUGGAUCCCCGUGUUGAUUCCGACUUGGACAACCGUGGCACCCUGGGCACCCAGCGUGGUUUCUAA